GCCCUGCAGCUGGUACCCGCCAGGCUCGCUGAUGCUGCGCAGAGCCCAGGGCUUGAGCUGAGUGCCAUGGUAAGAACCAUGACCCGAUCACAGAUGUGUUCUUCGACAGAUAUUUACCAAGAUCUGGAAAGAUAGAAGAACAUGGAGUGAGUGGCUCUGAACCAUUUUGUUCAAUUUGUGCCUUGUGGACACCAGAGUGAACAGAGCCAAGAAUGAUAAGAAAAGCCUUUUAGUGGAGCAGAUACAAUGAUGGAGUGAUGCGCACCCAUAAAGAGUGUCAGGAUGGAGAGCCCGGGAUGAACUGAGGCCAUUGAGGACAGCCCGGGACAACAAAGAGUCUUUUCAUAUGAGAUGACCCUGCUCCUACUUCACAGACAUCAAAGGAAGGCCAGGAAAAGUGGGUUUGUCUGGUGUCAGCCUACAGGGGACACUGAAUGACCAGUGCCCGCCUCACUGUCGCUCUCUUUUUCUGCACCUUCACCGGGGACUUUCUGAUCACAUAACUUCUCUUUGAGCUAGGGACCAGUCCUUUGGAACUUCGAAGCCCUAUAGACUAAUGGUCGCUGGAACAUGCACCUGGCUUAGCCUGUCAGGCCCCUCUGAUCACAUGGCUGAGGAAAAAGCAGCUUCUUUGAGUCCUUCAGUUGACAAAAGAUGGAGGCUCGUGGGACCUAAGCAGAUUCAGGCAGGGCUGCUCAAGAAAGCAAGCCUCCUGGACUCUGGAGUUGCUGCAGGGAAGGGUGGCCAAGAUCUGGCCCAUUCUGAACUGAGCCUAUCAACAGCACUGGACAAGCCUGGACUGCAGAGGCCUCUGGGCUACAAGGCCUGCACAGAGCAGAGGCAGGGUUCCUUCACAGAGCUGUCCUGUCUCCAGGAGAGGCCAGGCGACAUUCAAGCCUUGAAGAGGAAGCCAGAGGACCCAAAAGGCCAGCUUGGCACUCAGCAGCUGCCCCAGGAUCUCCCCGGAGCCUCGGCUGAUGGCACAGAGUGCUCAUUAUGGCCGGGUGCAGGCCGGAGUGGGAAGAGAAGCGCUUUCAGGAGGCCAGCCUCCCGCCCCGUGGAGAAGCCCAGGUGCUCUCCUGCAUUUCCGGACAGUGGAAAUGCAGAGGGCCCAUGGGAGCUCUCAGGACUCAUCACCACAGUGGAUAUCCCAUGUUGGGCUCAGCUGUCAGCUUUCAAGCUCACAGGAGAUUUCUGGAGAUUGCACGUGCUGUCCCAGAACAUUCUAUUCUGCAAUACUUUCCACGGGGCUCCCACACCAUGGCUGGAUCACUCCCAGGUGCAAGCUUCCACAUCCUCGACACCUUCCACCACGGCCUGCCGGGUUCUCUUGCCACCCACACUCUCAUCCCCAGGCUUGCCCACUCAGAACUGGUGUGCAAAGUGUAACCUCGCCUUCCGUCUGACGGCUGACCUGGUCCUCCACAUGCGGUCCCAUCACAAAAGGGAGCAUGGAGGCCCUGACCCACAUUCUAAGAAGCGCAGAGAGGAAGUUCUCACUUGCCCCAUUUGCCAUGAGUACUUCCGGGAGCGCCACCAUCUUUCUAGACAUAUGACGUCACACAGUUAGGGGUGGCUAAGGAGGAACCUGAUGGCCAUAGUAUCUGGUGCUUAGUGGUGAGGCACCGGCGACUCCUGGCCUGCAUUGAGAAGGUGGUCACAGGUGUCUUCAAGGUUGUUCCCUUUGCUUCCCAGGUGAAUGGCUCAGUUAUAAUUUGUCAGAUGUCCCCCGGCCCUUGUGAUGUGUUUUCCUGGAAAGCCAUUUAUUGAAAUCGUGAGCUUUGUUCAUGGGAUUAGGGGAUAAGGGGAUCCAUGACCCGGGGUGCAGGGCUGUUCCUGGCUCUGCUCCCAGUGCUCUGCCUGGAGCACAUGGACACAACACCUUGGCUUUUCUGACCAGCAAUCCUGCAUUCAGUCUGGGCUCUUUAACUGCUGAGCCGCGGACUUGGAUCUGUUUAACUUGCCGACCCUCAGUUCUCUUGUUUUAAAGUGGUGCACUAGCAGAAUGUCAUCGGUCUUGAGGAAGGUGUGUGGGAAGCGGCCAGCUCGUUUCCUGGUAGGCUGUGAGCACCGAGCGCAUGGGGCUCAUGGACACAGCUUGUGCUGGUCAACGACAUUACUUGUGAAAUCUCAGGGGUGAACGAGGACUCUGUUUCUCUGUCACGAGCCUGCAGCAAAGCUGAGGGUGAGCCUGACAUGGUAGACAUGCUCAGGCUGCAUUCAAGUCUAUUCCCCGUCCCUGCUGGGUCACACAGUGAAGCUGGGAACACCUGAUGGCAGCCAAAAUGCCCAUCUAGAUUCCCUGCCUCUGCCUGGGUCACAAACCUAACCUCUGGGUCAGUGUAAAUCCAGGCCCAACGUGACCAAGUGGGAAAGUGACCUGGCUGAAUCCAUAAUAAGGGAGUGGUUAGCAAUUCACCCGUCCUGUUCUCUCGGUGAUGGAGGAAGGUCAUUGGUUAAAUAAUAAAGAAACUGCUUGGCCCUCAUAGGUUAG